AUGAACAACAAAAAGGCCAAUGACCUCAUACCUCUGUCUGAUCCGCCGAGCGUUUUGGACUACGUCAAAGACGACGGCCGACGUCCGGCUUCCAACUUGGAGAGACUGAGCAGCUUCGUCAAGGAAGCACAAAGGUCUUGCUUUCCUGAUCUGACAACUUUCCACCACAACCCUUCUGCCUCAGUCACACUCUCUAAUGGGUUUUGCAUCCCCAAAAGUGCAACAAACGAAGUUGCUAGUGGCGCCAUCAACGCGGAUGUGGAACUCUCCGAUAUUCCCUCUGAGUUCGAUGAUUUACGAUUCUACAAGGAGAGACAAGACGGUCCCGGUGGAAGUCUUGAAGCGUCGAUUGCGACAUCAGAUGCCAGAGGGUCAAGGUCAGAUAACCAGCCUAACCAGCUGACGCGUAGCCUCAUCGGACAUUGCCCAAGGAGGAGGACGUAG